AACCAUCAGAGUCUCAGCAUGAACAUUUCUCACACUUUGAUCUGCUUCUUCCUCUUCUGUGAGUACUUCUCUUUAUUUUCAUGUCACUCUGCAGGAUGGAAACACCGGUCUCGUCAGUGCCAAACUCACUGUCUAUUCAGUAAUUGAAGGAGAAAAUGUCAGAGUUGAAUGCUCCUUUCCUUCUUAUAAAAAAAGCAGUUUUUUUUUGUAAGGAAACAUGUAAACAAGAAGACAUUCUCAUUGAAACAACUGAUGCCAAAGAUUAUCAGAGAGCCAGAUACAGCAUUGAUCAUAAACAGGAUGAUUUUCUUGUGACCAUCACUCAGCUGACCAAGUCUGACUCAGGAAAGUACAGGUGUGGUUCGACUGCAUCUUCUUCAAGGAAUUCAUCCAAGCUUAUUGAAAUCAUCGUUGUGGAUGCAAAACUUGAUGGUGGCCCUUCUGCAGAAAAAACAAUCGAUGCUAGAACUGGAGGAAAUAUUGUAGUUGAAUGCUCCUUUACUCGCUUUGGGACCAGGAGGUACUUCUGUAAGGAGGAAUGUGUAGGAGACAUUCUUGUUGAAACAACUAUUGACACAUAUACUAAAAAAGACAGAUACAGCAUCAGACAUGUUAAAGGAGGAUUUGUGUUUGUGAGCAUCGAACAGCUGAACCAGUCUGACUCAGGAUGGUACAGGUGUGGUCUGGACAGACCUGACUCUAAAGAUCCAUACCAGAGGUUUAGGCUCAACGUCACUGAUGCCUCUACACCAACAGUAAACCAAAGUGAAAGCUCCACAUCUUCACCAGCUUCCCCUAAAACCACAGAGCAAUCUGAAACAACAACUACAGCUCUGACCACUUCUACACCUUCAUUAUCCGUCCCAUCAGCUUCCUCAACAACAACAAUCCAAAGUGAACGUUCCACAACUACACCAGCCUCCCCUAAAACCACCAAGCAUCCUGAAGAAACUAAAGCUCUGACCACUUCUCCUAAAACUACAGAGCAACCUGAAUUAACAACUGCUACAGCUCUGACCACUUCUACACCUUCAUCAUCCGUCCCAUCAGCUUCCUCAACAACAACAAUCCAAAGUGAACGUUCCACAACUACACCAGCCUCCCCUAAAACCACCAAGCAUCCUGAAGAAACUAAAGCUCUGACCACUUCUCCUAAAACUACAGAGCAACCUGAAUCAACAACUGCUACAGGUGUGAUCCUGUAUUUGUCUCUGACUCUGGUCGUCCUGGUCAUCGUGUCAUCACUGUCUGUGCUGGUAUUCUGCAGGAAGAGGACUUGUAAAGCCAAAAGUGAGGAACCAGAACCUCAUGAGGAAACACAAUGUGCUUCUGCACCAGAGGCUGAAGACGACCCGAGUCAACACGCCUACUCUGAGAUCAAAUUUGUCAGUGUGGGCUCGUCCCAAAGCGGUUUCCACGGUGACGCUGAGUGUGUUAUCUACUCUGUUCCUCGGGUGGAAGCUAGCUCUGAUGAGCCCCCUCUGUGCUCUACUGUUAACAACCCCCAAUAACUCUCACAGUCUGGCAGAAGAAGCUGGUGUGAAUUAAGCAGCCGUGAAGAUAUUCUGAAACUAAGAGAUGUUUGUGGGAAUAUGUACGAUUAUUUAACCAUUUACUUAUUUCAAACCUGCUUUGAAUGACAUCAUGUGAUGAUAAGUCCAGCUCUGCUCUAGUCCCCAAACGUGCCGCUUCAACAGUUUGCUUCAGGUCAAAGCUGGUUGCACUUAUUGUAAGUGCCUUUGGAUAAAAGCAUCAGCUAAAUGAUAUGUAGUUUAAUGUAAAAAGCUCUUUUAUGGCUUCAAUUUAUUUAUAAAGUUCAUUUUAUUACACUUGAUAUGGUAUUAAAGUUAUCUCUGUAAGAUAGACUGUUCUAGUCAAGUUAGCUGAUUAGCAUAAGAUAUGUUGCUCCGAAUUAGCUUUGACUAUUAAAUUGACUAUUUUGGUUAAAGGCUUAUUUUACAGAAAUGUUUAAUUAUAGCAGAAUAUAAAUAAAUAGAUAUGAAACUAUGGAUGUGGUCAGUACGGGUUUCAAGAUGCCACUCCUCAUACUGUUGUGUAAUGUGUCAGACUUUUAACCUGUUUGUAUUGUUUAUAUAUAUUUAUUGCCUCCCAGCGAUGCCUCUGUUCACUUCGGACAUUCGGAUGGUGGAACCUCUGGCGCGCUGACUCCAUCGGAUAGUUUUUACCAAAAGCUGACGUUUCAUGGCACGAAAUGCGCACUCCCGUAUGCCCUUUUGACUCUGGACUCGCUAAUAUCGAAGGAUCGGAGCAGCCCCGCCCCUCUGAGGAGUGACGCGUCCAGAGCACAUGUGAAAAAAUCAUCUCCCAGACUGUUAAUAUUGUUAAUGCUAUUACUCUCUGGUAACGUUAACAUUAACCCUGGUCCUGAGUGUUUCUCUGCUUCCUUGCAUCAUUUGCCAACUCCGAAUGAGUUUAGCUGUAGACAAGGAUUGGGUUUUCUGCAUGUUAAUGCUAGAAGCCUAGUGCCCAAAUUAGAUGUUUUCAAGACCUGGUUUUUAGUUGCUAAGCCUGAUAUUGUUGUAGUUUCUGAAACCUGGU